AUUUGAUGAUUACAAGCAAGUUAGCUUACAUAAGUUAGAGUUAAGAGGAUGUUCUUUUUCUUUAUUAAAUCAUUUUGGUCAACUAUUAGUUGGCUUGAUUUGGGUGUUUUGGCUAAUAUUUAAGCUUUUGUAGCUGUUUCGUUUUGUCAUCUGGUCAUAUUGUUCAUCAUAAAGUGAUCCACACUGGAUUAACCGUUAAUUAUGUUCUCGUCACUCUAAAUCAACAUAAAUAUUGAAUAUUGACUAUUAGAUAUUGCCUUGUGUUCAAACGGAAAUAUUCUUUAAAUUUUUUACUGUGUUUUUCCUUCAAAGUUUAUUUUCACCGCUCUCUCCUCUUUCUUCUAGCCAGACUUAUUUUAAAAUUUAACAUCAUGAAUGACCAGGUUAAUGAUCAAAAACCUGGAGAUCACAGCUACCAGGAAAGGAAUGGAGACCAAUUUCACGAAUCUCAGCAAAAUGGUACAGAGCAACUAUUCCCACAAAUUUCGGAAACUCACGACGAUCAACUUAUUGACCAAAAUCAAUCAAAAUCCGAAGAAGAACAACAAAUAUCACGCCAACAGUCAUCUCAAUUAUCCUCAUCAUCUUCACCAAUCUCAUCAUCAAGCACCGAGCAAAAUAAUACUAAUCACCAUUUUGCUCCAAGAGCAAAACUUUUCGUAGGCCGUUUACCUGAAAACUGCUCCUCUAAGCAUCUUGAAGAUUUAUUUUGCAAAUACGGAACCGUAACUGAAUGUGAUGUUGUCGGUAGAUACGGGUUUGUGCAUAUGAGCAAGCCUGAGGAAGCUGAAGAGUGUGUCAAAAAACUGAACAGAUAUUCUUUCAUGGGAUCCUUAUUAACUGUGGAGUUCUCCACGAGCAAAGUUCAUCCUGAACCGGGAACAUUAGGCCGAGCCAAAGGUAUUUCUCGCAUGAGUAAAGGUAUCCGACCUCGAAUCCAUAAUCACACUCCGUACCACCGUGAGCUUUACAAUAACCAUAGAGCAAGUGUAGGUCCACCACAUUCAGUACCAUUGCCACCACCGCAUUCACAUCCAGCACCAGUUGCACCACCUGGACGCUUAUAUGUAGGCUAUUCUCAACCUUACUGCCCAGAUAGUUAUAGACCCUAUGAAAGAGAUAUCUAUUAUGAUUCAGAUUAUUAUGGUAGAGACAGAGAGCGACAUUACCCACCUAUUGACCACAGAGCAACCGGAGUGGGUGGAAGUGUAACAGCAAAUUAUGAUUUCGACAGUAGAGGAUAUUCACCACCUCCACCAUCUCCCCUUGGACAUCAUCCAACCCCACAUCAUGCGCCUUAUCCUAUUUACUCUAGUCAUCGAAGUUUACCAAUUCGAGCUUAUGAACGACCAGUAAUCGACGAAUCAAUGCCCAUGUAUUCCGCCAGAGGCUCACCGAUGACAACUCAUAAGUGUCAUUAUCAUAAAUGUCAUUAUGAUAUGCACGUUAAACCAUAUCUAAAUUGAAAACAAAUUUUCACGAAUAAAUCACCAAACAAAUGAUAAGUAUUUCAUAUCUGCCGAUAAAUGUCGCACAAACUACUGCUCGACGAAAAAAAUGUAAUUUAUUUCAUCGAAUCAGCAAAACGAAAUUGCAUCUCACCAAGUCAUUUUUUCAAUCAUAGUGUCAAUCAACAAACCCUGUUAGAUUGAAUGUCAUUAGUUAACUUUCAACAAUUUACACAAACCCAUUUAAUUCUUGUGUAUAUCCUUCUCACCAAAAUAAUGCCAAUCAAUCAAGGUUUAUUUUCUUUCUUCUACUCUUUCUCCUAAAUCAACUCAACUUAAAUGUUGACACUAAUUCACCAUGAUUG